GCUGAGGGGACCGGAGACACAUUCCGAUUUUAUCGCGAGAGAAAAUGGGAACGAAGGACUAGGACAGGAGGCAGCAAUAUUCAUAUUUAAGCAACAACAACAACCGUUAUAAAAUGAUGAUUAUAAUGUAACUAACUGAUAAUCCAGUUAUAACGCAAUCGAAGGAUUGAAAAUACUGGAUACUGAAAUAUAGGCUGUGAUCAUGCCAUCUCUUGGAUAUUAAUGAAGAGAAGGCGCACCUCUUCUGUUAUAUAUAUUUACCCUUGUCCUCCACCCUUCCCCUUUCUCUUUCCCCCUGACAUUGUCUAAUAUUCUAAGACAUAAGAUUUUGUGACUGUAUGAAAAUAUGUAGCUCAGAGUUUAGUACUACUUUUGUAUUUUUAGUCCCUUUUUUUCCACCAGCACUCAUGGGUGUUUCGUGCACAAGCGUUUAUUUCUGUAGAUUUUAAAUGCGUCAGAGGUUAGUCUGUGCCAAGCCUACUGGAUUUCAGGAGUUCACUCCUAUUUAGAAAUUAGUUGACCGAUGUGUUUAUCCCUGUUUUCUCUAACCCAGCCGUGCAAUUACUCCAGGUUACCUUUCUAAACCCUCCGUGGUCAAUCAUCAGCCUCUUAGCUAGCUAAACACAGGUACUAUCUAUCUAGGAGAAUGAACGGCUCUCUUUUGACCCCACCUAGCCCACGGCCAGCAAACUCAUCUCCCUUGCCCCCCUCCCCCUCUCCUCCGUCUCCCUCCUUGCUGCCUCUCUCUCCACGGCCACCGCAACUACCUCCUCUUGUCACCUCCCCAACCCAGCCUCAUCCCUCCUCCCUGUCGGACACACCCACACCAUCCCCCUCACCCUGUUUAAGCUGGACAGAGUUCUGUGAAUUGCACGCCCGUGUUGCAGCCGGGGACUUUGCCCGCCACUUCCGGGCUUUUCUGUUGGAGAACCCACACUACUCCCCAGAUUCCGCUGCAGCCUUCUGCCGCCGAUUCACUGACCGCUUCAUCCGCCACUUCCAGAGUGAGCUUGAGGGAAUGGUGCCUCCAAGUACUGCCACUGAGAGAGAAGAUACAGGGAGCUGGGCCCCCCAGUCUGAUGCCACUUCAUUGGAAGAGGAUGCUGCCUCGCCACCACCGGUGUCUGAGGGAGUAAUUCUCCCCACUGGUCCGAUCAACCCAGUGCGAGCCCCACCCAAGCACACACCCACCCGCCUGGUGUUGGAGUACCGAGAAGGGGACAGGUUUCAAGACUCUUACGCUCACACACAGAUCCUUCCCCCUUCCUCCUCCUCCUCCUGCUCCUCCUCAGUGGGAGGGCAUAAUGGAAGGCUGAAUGACAGGGGCGCCACAGUCAGGCCCUUCCCUGCCGUAGUCCCAGCCAACGGAGAAGCAAGGGCUGAGGAGGAGGGAGACAGCUGGGUGGGGGUAGUGGCUGUUCGGGAAGAGGCAGAGAUAGUGGAUGGUGAGUUGGAGCCAACAGAUGCUUGCUUGGACAAUACAGACCAUCUUCUCCAAACCGCCACAUCCACCACCAUGGCUCCUCCUCAAGGCUCUGGCUCCAAGAGCACCUGCGCACCCUCGUCAGGGGGAGGCAACCCCUCCAAAACCAAACUCAAGAAGCGCUUCUCAUUACGGAGCGUGGGGCGCAGUGUGCGAGGCAGUGUGAGGGGUAUCCUGCACUGGCGUAGCUCAUCUAGUGACUCACCUCAAAGUCAGUCUCCACUGCCAUCAAGCUACAGCUACACUAUGGGCGUGCAGGACGCUGCCAAAAGGAACUCUGGUACUCAGCCCCCAAUGCCAACCUCAUCCAUGCCUGUGUCUCUGUCGUUACCACUCUCCCUCCCCCACUCCUCAUCCUCCUCCCUUCCUCCCUCCUCCUCCAGCAGCGCCACCUCCCUUUCUCUGUCCGAGGCAGCACGUGACCGGCGCAGGAGCAAUGGUGAGGGAGGUGGGGAUAAAGAGAAGUGGAGCCUCCGGCUGGAGAAGCUGCGACUGUCGCGCUCACCGCCCCCAGUCCUGUCGUCCGCCCCAGCAUCUGCUGUGGUCUCACCCACCUCCUCCCUGCCUCCCAGUAGUGCUGUCGCCUCUGCCGGACAUCCAAGGAAAGCUGGCCGCCUGGUACGAGAAGGCGGUGUGACUGUCUGCUCAUCUAUGGAUGAGUUCGCUGGGAGCCACACCUUCUCAGGGUUCUCCUUCGGCUUGCUCCACCACAGCACGGACAGCAACAACGCUGUCUCCACGGUUGGGCCUCCACAGCAGACGCUUGCCACUGGGGGCACUAUGAGCUGGAGGGGCGGCCGCUGGCACAAGUGUCGGCUGGUCCUUAGAGAAAGAGACAAAGAUGGUGGGGAGCGGGGAGAGGAGUACUACCUGGAGUUCUUCAUUCCACCAAAAUCCUCCAAGCCCAGGCUGACAGUCCAAUGCUGCUCCAUGGUAGACGUGAGAAGCACCACAGCACUGGAGGUGCCUGACAAGGAGAACACCUUUCUCCUACAGUUGGAAGGGCCGGCGCAGUACGUAAUUGAGACGCGAGAUGCUGUUCAGAUGAGGGCCUGGCUGAGUGACAUCAGGAACGGCAUCUGCCUGAGUGAACAGGAUGAAGGUGUAUGGGGGGGACAGAUGGACAUCAGUGCAACGCCUGAGUUUGGGGACCGCCUCUCCCAAGUGUGUUACGGAGGCGUUGGUGGCUCCUCCCCCUUGAAGGACCCUCUUCCACCAGAGUUACCGCCCCGAGCCCCUCUCGAUGAAUCAGAGAGCCGCGGUGGCGGGGCAAGUCUGGGUACACCUUUCGCAGAGACACCAGAUGCCACAGGCUCCUUCCUGUUCUCUGACGUGGCUGUGGCCGAGGCCGUGGAGCACCCUCUGAGUGAGUGCCAGUGGUUCCACGGUACACUGUCGCGCCUCAAGGCAGCGCAGCUGGUGCUGGCAGGGGGCACGGCUAGCCACGGCGUGUUCCUGGUGCGGCAGAGCGAGACGAGGCGCGGUGAAUACGUGCUCACCUUCAACUUCCAGGGCAAAGCCAAGCACCUGCGACUGUCCCUGAAUGAGGACGGCCAGUGCCGUGUGCAGCACCUGUGGUUCCAGUCCAUUUUUGACAUGCUGGAGCACUUCCGCGUACACCCCAUCCCCCUGGAGUCUGGGGGUGCCUCCGACGUCACUCUCAUCAGCUUUGUGGGUGCCACCGCUGUCAGGCAACCAGACUUGACCAGCAGACCCCGUAGCCCUCCUCAGCCUCCUCCUCCACCCCUGCCUCCCGGUCGGCCCCAACCCCCCACACCACCUCAGGAGCGAGGGAGUGACACAGAGCUAGGAGCUGGUGGAGCAGGGGUAACAACAACAGCAGUAGGAGGUGCAGGAGUAGAGGACUGGGAAGAGAGAGAGUCAUCCCUCCGCCAACUGGAAGGUGUGGAGGGUGAAGAGAGGGAAGGUGGGAGGGCAAGAGCCAUUGACAACCAGUACUCUUUCUUCUGAAAAAGGAGAAAAGGAGAAAAAGUGAUGUGGGUGAGACGUGAUUUGCGAAAGGGAGGGUGAAGGAAAUGGAGGUCAUAGCCAUUCAUAGGCAUAGAUCAUAGCCAUUCAUAACCAAUAUUUGUGUUUUGUUGAGAGGAGGGAAAUGAGGUACUAACACUAUUAAAGGCAGGGUAGGCAAUGUUGUUGAGAAGCACUUUUUGUCAUAUUUGCUGAAAUAAACUCAUCAACUCAACAUCAGCAACCAAUAAAUCUAAAGGUUUGACAGUAAAAUUAAAUCAAUCCGAUAUCUGUGGGCGUCGCAGGACUGUAAUAAACAUGACCAAUCAUUAAGGUCUGACCGGCACUAAUGAUUGGACGGCAUUCGUUCAUGUGUUUUGGAGAAGUGGUUUUGAAGGAAGGGAUGGGAUAUUUUAGUUUGAAUCCUUCCAAGCUCGAGCUAAAAUUACUAGGUUUGCAAAACCUGCCUAUCCUUUCUUUAAAACAAGCAUUCUAGGAGAUACAGAAAGCUGGAGAGCAGGCGUGAGAAAAAGAGAGGGAGAGUGGAGCGAGGGGGCACCUUAGAACACUAUAAAAAGGUACACUAAUCUUAAGCGAGAGACGCUUCUUGCCGGUACAUUUCAUGGUACGCUCUUUUGUAGACUUUUAAAUACAUUUACGGAUGAUGGUAGACGGGGCUAGGCCUAAGCCAGCAGUGCAUUACCUCAUCUCAGUCGUGCAGAGACUGACAGUUUAUUGGCCAAGAGCAGAUUUCAAGUAGUGGCCAACCAUAUACUUUCAGAGUGGCAAAGACUAGACUAGAACAGGCAGGAAAUAUAUACCUCAAUCACACUUGUGUCAAUCUUUUUCUGUCUCUUUCUCUUUCUCUCCACUUUCUGUUUUUCUUAUAUGGUUGAAAAAAGGUUGGAUGGAGAGCCUCUGUGUUUGAGAGAGAAAAAUAGUUUAUUACUGAUGAUGAUAAUGUUAUGAAUAAGAAUGAUUAUGGAAAUAGUAAUGGCGGUCAAAAUAAGUUUUUUUUGUAUAUAUAUAUAUAUAUUCUUUUUAUUUGUAUGUUUACUCCAUGUAUGCCUAACACUUGAUCCUCUCCCAUCCAUGUUAUUCAGUUGAAAUUUCUUUGUGCCUUUUUUAUAAAGCUAAAGCCUCACUCAAAUCUAUCCUUGAGCUCAUGCUGUCCUUUUAUCCUGGACAUUUCAUUUGUCAAAAGAAAAUCUUAAACGUAAAAAUACCCUUUUCUAUUCGUGCCUUUCUGUGUCUGUCAUUGCCUUCUGUCAAAUUCCUUCUACCUGUGCCUCGGUUUGUCGCCACAGUUGUCUUUUGUCAUGUUUGCCAUUCAGUUCAGUGCCUGUCCCUCUUCUGUGCAUCCCCCCCUUCUUAAUGUCCCCCCACUCCUCCUUGCUCAGAGCCAUGCAUUUCACUUUUACGCACCUUUCCCUAGAAAUACAUGUUGGUCCAUUUCAAAUUUUUGAACUAUCUUUGUGUGCCUUUCUCUGUCUCUUUCUCUCGUUGCUGGGACCGUGUGUUCAGGGUGGGCAAUGUUGUCCACCCUGUGUGGUUAGUUUCAGGUACUACAUUGAAUUUAAUGAUGAUAAUGAUAUAAUAUAAUUAUACUGAAACA